AUGGCCAUUCGCCUACCUACGGCCUGCGAGGAGGACUUUGAAUCGUUGCCUCCAGCCGUGAGACGAAAGUUCUUCUCGAAUGUUGAGCGUUUGCGCAUCAGGCUAGCUCAGAGCGAUCCCAGUUCCCCCUUCUCCACGAACGCUCAUGGCCGCUCCUAUCGGAACGCUCAUCCGGGGCCUGGCCCCCUAUACCAUCGUCCGCGCCACCCCUCAACCGCCUCUUUGACCAGGAGCCGUCGUCUGGAAAAAAACAGACAAACAUCUCGGAAACUCCGCAAGCCCGGCUCUUUACAAUUAGCCUACCUGGUUAACCAGGCGGACUCGCAAUGCUUUUCUUCUCUCCCCGCUAAGGUCCAGCAACAACUUUUUUCGCCGGAAGAACAGAACCGUCUCCGCCGCGCCUAUCGGGAGAGCCUCAUCCUCGACGCUGCUGACGAGGCGUUUUAUCGUCGUCCCAGUAUUCGGGGUCACCGGUUGUCCAACGACAGUCACCUCUCAGAAGCCACUUUGGCCGGGGGCCAACCAUCCACCGUCUUUUACGAGUCCGAUUCGGAAUACGAGGACGUACCUGACCGCAAAAUGGAUCAGUCUUUUUACGACAGCUUCCGUUGGCUCGACGAGGAUGGAGACCUGGACCUGUCCUUGGACGAGUAUCACGCCCAUGUGGCCGACUCGGCCACCGGCAGGUUCAAAUCUCGCCGUCGCCCGUCCUUUCGCCGUUCCUUCUCUAUUUCUACGCAUGCCCUGAGGCAUCGACCAACCGCUUCGGUGCCUCCUCGUCUAGUGACUAGUCCGUCCAUUCCGCCCCCGAGUCCGAUUGGCAGCACUCGUCGUUCAAUUUCCCGCCCAUCGUCUCGUCGUCAACCCUCUCACGCCCCAAGGUCAUCUACCUCGAGCAUCGACCCUGGUGCGCAGUACUAUCAGGACCCGGAUGCUCGUCUCAAAUUGCGAGUAUACCUGGCAUCUCCCCAGAAGUUCGAUGAGGCCAUUGAGUUUGGCUUCCCUUCGUCGGAUCAAAACAAGGAGGUCGUCACCCCAGAGCUUCCCAGUACCCCGAAGCCAGUGACCGUGUCCCCGGAAUGUACCGGCACCUUUCUUGAAGACGACGACGGGACUAUAGUUGGCAGUCCCGGCGGGUCGUUCGAUGAAUCGUCCACAUCGCGUCUGCCAUUACAAAUGCGAGAAAGCCCCUCCCCGUCAGUGGAUAACCCAUCGCUACUGCAACGGCGUCAAUCAUCUCUACCCGGAUCCAAGGUCGGUCCGCAACGACUACCGGGGAAUCGUGAGAUGACCCUCAAGAUGACCUUGACUCGACCUGACCUACGCACCGAUUCUCCCAGCUCAUCCCCAAAGGCACCACAGGAAGACCCGCUGCAAUUGGCAGCACUGCCUCCAGCAGAUCGCAGUCAACAUAUCUGGGAUUCAGAUCUGGAUGAGCAAGGCAUGGUGAAGAAAAUGUGGCGUAAACUCCUACGGCGAGCCUAA